GCGGGAUUCAUGCAAAUAAUGACCCUUAUUCAUGUUGAACUACUUCGGCAAGUAGUGUUUAGGACAGCCGCGGCACCUGGGCUUCAAAGUCGAUAUGGCCAGGAAUAGUCCCUGGCGAGGACGAUCGUUCAACCUAAACUGCAUUGUAACACUGUAGUCGUUCUGCUUUAACUGCGACAAGUAUUUAGUGUCACCUCUGCUGUCAGCCAUUUCCGUUCUCAUCCUUUUGGUCUGUUGAUUCACUGUUUGCUUCAAGAUGCGCUUUCCGAUGAUUACUCACACCUGCCUACUAGCAUACAUUUCUACAUCUCUAGCGGAGACUAUACCAUCUGACCAUAUUCUCUGGGGCGAGGGAGGUCGACCUACCACACUUGAUAAGCGGCAACAGGCUUCAGCUACUCCGACUUCCACCAGAGUCGCAGAUUCAGCCUGCACAAACGGGCCCUUCACAAGAUCAUGCUGGUCAGAUGGCUUCAGUGCGGCAACAGACUUCGAUGCCAAGUGGCCCACAACUGGCAAGAUGGUCACAUACAAUUGGGAGCUCCAAGAGAGCACAUGCAAUCCUGACGGUUCCGAUACAAGACCCUGUGUGAAGAUCAAUGGCCAAUUCCCAGGACCGACACUAUACGCUGAUUGGGGUGACACCAUCCAAGUCACGCUGAAGAACUCUGUGCCAAAUAACGGUACGGGGAUACAUUGGCACGGCAUCCGACAGUUAGGGUCCUGCCCUCAAGAUGGUGUGCCGGGGAUAACAGAAUGCCCGCUUACUCCUGGCGACACCAGAACCUACACCUUCAAGGCGACCCAAUUCGGCACGACCUGGUACCAUUCGCACUUCAGCGCGCAGUAUGGUGAUGGUGCCUUCGGAGCGAUAGUGAUCAACGGCCCAGCCUCUUCGAAUUAUGACUACGAUUUGGGACCUUACAUUCUCACUGAUUGGUAUUACAAGACUUCUUGGCAGCAAGGUUUGUUGGCACACAACAACCUCCAGGCCGGAGGACCGCCGCCGAAUGCCAACACUGUCUUGAUCAAUGGAACAAAUGUGAAAGGCAGCACAGGCAGCUAUGCAAAGACGCAGAAUCUCAUCAAGGACAAAAAGUACCGACUGCGCUUAAUCAACACAUCAGCGGACAACACCCUCCGAGUCUCUCUUGAUAAUCACAAAUUCACAGUAAUCACAGCAGACCUAGUUCCAGUCAAGCCAUGGGUUACCGACUCGGUACUAAUUUCUGUUGGCCAACGCUACGACGUCAUCUUCACAGCUAACCAAGCUGCUGCUACGUACUGGUUCCGCGCAUCAGCCGUCGCAGCCUGUGUCUCUUCGAAUGACAACCCAGACGCACUCGCCAUAUUCUCCUACAAGGACGCUCCGAACCAGAAUGCCACACCAAGUUCCAGCGCCGGCUCUCUGCCCCGGGACUGCAACGAGCCCGAUAACACGAACCUUGUGCCGUGGGUAACGAACACCGUUGACCAGACAGCGUUCAUGAAUCAGGUGCAGACUUUGGACGUCGACAUAUCGCAAACUGUUACGACAAAUGGACAAAAUAUCGUCGUAUGGAGCAUCAAUCUCACAGCCAUCAAUGUAGAGUGGCAGGACCCAACGUUGGAGUACGUAGCGACGAAGAACACUAGCUACCCCUCGGCUUACAAUCUGAUCGAGCUGCCUAAGGAGGGAAUCUGGACAUACUGGAUCAUCCAAGAGCCUGCCGACACCCGCGUCCCGAUACCGCAUCCAAUCCAUCUUCACGGCCAUGAUUUUUACGUUUUGGGUCGCGGACAGGGCGUUUUCGACCCUUCAAGCUUUCCAUCUACCCUGACCUGGCAAAAUCCCACGCGUCGCGACGUCGCUCUCUUACCAGGGGGUGGAUGGCUUGCCAUUGCAUUCCCUACUGAUAACCCCGGAGCUUGGUUGAUGCAUUGCCAUAUUGCAUGGCAUGUUUCCGAUGGUUUGGCUGUGCAGUUCCUGGAGGCCAAGGACCAAGCGCCGCUGGGAGAUUCAGCAUGGCAGAAUGGAUGCAGCAAGUGGACAGAGUACCAGAAAACGAUGAAGUAUCCGAAGACGGAUUCAGGAUUGAAGAUGAUGAUGCGGGAUAGCUAUUUCUAGACUUUUUGACCUGCGGUACCAAAAAUAAAAUUACA